AUGAGCAAUCGUAACCUCAAAUUUGUGCGUGUUGGUCUCCCGUUCUUCGCCAUUGUCUUGGGUGGUGCCUACGGUCUUCAUUUUUUUCAAGAAGUCCGCUUUGAUUUUCGUAAGAUCAAACAGCAGGACGCGAAUUUGGAUACUUUGGUCAGUUGAACACGGAAACUAACAAGCUUCUCCCAAUCUCUGUGUGCUUUCUCUUUCUCUAACCUUUCGAUUGUUUUUUGCGUUUUUUUAAUGGGAUCCUCAUAUUUACUAGAUCUCCUUUCAGAGAACAGAUCUUUCCAAAAGUGGAGUUCGUUUGCGAGACAACGUCACAGUAGAUAGCGUUUACAAGGUUAUCCAUUUUUUGAGUUUAUUGGAAGAUCAGCUGAAAAUCUUCAGGAAGUUGCCGAUCUUGAUACUGACAACUGGGAGAACAUCCGUGGUCCUCGCGAAACCGAAGACCUCACCGAAUACCAACGCAUCAAGUCAUUAUUUUCUUGCACCAGAUAAAAAAAUAAUUGUUUUCUAGGAAACAACAACAGGAAGCCAACCGAAAGUCCCGCGAGGAAAAAAGAACCUUUUGAAUGUCUGAAAAUAUUCCAGAUAUUGAACCGUCGGACCUUCUUCCCAAGUUUGUUUUCAUUUUUUCAAUUGUUUUAAAGGAUUCAUUUUUAGCGUACCUGUCGGCCACCAGUUUGAUUUGCCCACAGACAACCCACCUGAGCCGGAUAACGCGUCAAUCAGAGCUGAGCGAGGUAGAAAAGAUCCUUAUGAAAAAACAGGGCAUCAUCGAAAAAGUUAUGUUAAUCUAAAUCGAAGCUUUUUCUGUUAAAAUGUGUGUUAGAACUCUUAAUGAACACUAUUUUCUAUUUGAAGCCAUUCACGAGCACCCUAUUCAAUCCGCGGUAGCCUCCAAAAUGAAAAAAAAAGAAACUUACACACUUUUCAAACUGCACUUCAUAUUUAUGGAAAAAUUGAAGGAGUUAAUUUUCAGGAGAAAAUUUUUUAAAAAAAUUUGAGUCUUACUGUUCACAUUUUCAAAAUUUGUUUCCAUCUAGAACCAAAAAAAAUUUUUCUGCAGGAUCUCCAACGCCAUCUUCAGUGACAGUCGACGCUCCUUCACUUCACGACAGAAAUCUUUCGUUGUCUGGAGCUCAGGUCUCGGAUCCUUUCUCAGGAGAUAUCCCAGAGGUUUUUGUCUCCUCUUUCUGUUUUCCAACAAUAUCUCCUCAGGUUCCGGUUCCUUCCUCUUCUGCACUAUCUAUCUCGAGCCAAGCACUCUCCGAUCCGGCUCCUGUCCACGCCGGAGGAUUUCUGAAUCCACAACAAGUUUCAUCUUCUAGCCAUCCAGUCGAUCCUCAGGAACCUAACGAGGUAUUUUCUCUAGAAAGUUUUUUUUUUCGUUUGCUAUUCUUUCACGGUAUUGGUCACAAUUAUAGGAUAAAUAACGUCUUUAUUUGAAAGCAGAUUGAAAGUAUUAUUUUUUUUUGUUAGGUAGGUUUCGUUGCAAAUUGAAAAAUGAUCUCUACGUUUACUGCGUGUGAAACAGCUAAAAUUAUACUUCUACUAUCAUUAUUUUUUUCAAAUCAAUCAAUUCUCUUCUUUUUGAGUGUAUUAUGUAAAUCAUGUUAAUUUUUAGAAAAUGACUCAAUUGAAUUAAAUUAAAAUAAGCUGUUUAUAAAAAAAUCCGCAGCGGUUUUCAGUAUUUUCAAACUCGAGAUCAGAGAAUGAAUUUUUAUUUUUAUCAAAAGUUCGACUUUUUCGUGAAGUUGAACGUUUCAUAUUGGUUGAAAGAAAAGUAAGGUUGGAAAACAUAUUUUACGUUCCCUUUAAGGUAAAUCCGGAGUUUCUGGCACAGCUGCUGGAUCUCGGUUUCGACGAAUUCACUGCUCGUUUGGCUUUGAAGAGAACUAAUAAUUCAGGUGUUGAGCAGGUAUAUUCUACCAAGCAUUAUUCAGUUUCAAGUUUUGAUUUUGAGGCGGUCGCUUGGAUAGUCGAAAGAUCAAAUUUGAGUGACUUAGAAGAAGAUUCGAGCAGCAGCGACGAGGAAGGCGACGUAGAAAUGGGAGGUAAAGCGAUAUUUUUGUAUCGAUCAUUAAAACCUCUGUGUUUCAGGAUCUCUGUCCACAGGUGAGGCUUCUGGGGCCGAUACGUCGCAAAAUGCGACCGGCGUUCUUAGCCAUUUUGUUAGAGAGAUGCAGAAACGUAGGUUACAGGGCUUCGAAGAUUUAUUAUUUUUCAAAGGAAAGUCAAUUUUUGACCAAUAUUUGACCUCAUUUUACUGCUUCUGUUUUCUCUUUCUUUUUUCAAAAAAAAAAGUUUAAAAAUUGAGAUUUUUUUCCAUUUUAUUGACCGGAACUUUGAGAUUGCUUUCCAGUGAAUAUAACAUUUUGAAAAUUUUUCACUGAAUGUUUUCGUACACUAAUAAUACUGAAAACAAUACUCAGGCGGCCGUACACACAAGAUGGUUCUCGUGGCAAAUAUGAGCCUGAAGAUGGGAACCGGAAAACUCGCGGCCCAAGUUGGCCACGCCACUUUGGGAGUUUAUCGUCAGGUUUCGCAACUAAGAGUUCGUUGAUCAAGGCGAAGAUUCAGGCGAUGAACUCCGAAGAUGGAUCUUCCGCUAUCAACGAGUGGACGCGUCAUGGACAGGUAAUUCAUCCAAAAGAUUCCGGAAAACGAGAAAAUGUUCAGGUGAAAAUUGUGGUGAAGGGACAGAGUACAGAGCAGUUGAUGGACCUCUGCAAGGCGGCUAAAGAUGCGGUUAGUAGAAAAAAAAAAUAGAAAUUGUAAAACGUAGGCUUUAAAAACUAGUUCAAGGUUUGAUAUAUAGGACUGCUAUAAAAAAAAGUCAUCGUUACUUUGGCAGAAGUUGUUGAGUUGAAAAAAUUCGUAAUCAUCUAAUCUAGUGAGCAUUUUUUUGUUCUUUUUACAAAUAUUAAAAUAUUUCAUAACAUUGCGGGUUGCUUAGUGAAAAACAUGAAAGUUAUAUUUGAUUUAAUAAUGAUGCUCACAUUAAAAUGGGAGGUUAUUUUUUUCUUGAAAAAAAUGAAAAAAAUCAGUUUUUUUCAGUUAACUUUUUUGAAUUUGCGAUGGAAUAUCUUAAUUUUUCUCGGUUCCUCUGUUUACUUUUUCUGACAACAUCUAAAUUUUUUCAUUCCUAAUAAUUUUUAGCCAAUCAAAACAAAGUUAUUUUUAAAUAAAAGUUUACUUUCGGUGGGUUGGUUUUUCAUGUCUGAAAGAAGUUUUCAUUGGGAGCACAUCUUCUAUUUUUAGACACAUUUCGGAUGAUUUCAGGGAUGCUACUACUAUCUGGUACAGGACGCUGGAUACACGCAGAUUCCAGCCGGCUCCAGAACUGUUCUCGGAGUUUUCGGCACGGUCGAACAGGUCGACUCGGUCACCGGCGGCCUCAAACUUCUUUGA